UGGGCAUCAUGGGCCAACACAAUAAAACAAGAUACCUUAGUUUUAGAGCAGCUCUCAUAAAAUAUACAAUAUUGCUAAUAUGUAAGUAACAAAACAUUUAAAUUUUUAAUAUUUUUCUUAAAACACUAAAAAAGAGAGGAACAAAAACAUAAAACUAGUGGGAUAUCUGACCUUUUUGUGAAAUUAAUGCAUCAGGCUGGUUUGAUGGAAGUGGUUGCAGUUCUUAGAGAGGUCUCAAGGUGCUCAUCAGAGACUUGUUGAUGAAAUUUCAUUCUUCCUGUACUUCAUCCUUGAAAAUAGUUGUUCACAAAUGCAUAUACUGCCAAAAAGCGAUGACAUGAGUGAGGGUUAACUGUGAAGUGAGAGAUAUUUUUCUCUGGUAAGAUAGGGAUUAUGAAAGUCUUUGCUGGCAGGAGCUCUAGCUGCACUGCCCAAGCUGCAGAAAGCAAAGGUAAGAACUGGGAGAAGGAAUAUCGGCCUGUUGUAAGUGAAGAUUAGGCUCAAGACCAUCUAAAGAACCUGAAGGUGCACAAGUCCAUGGGACCUGAUGAGAUCCAUCUAUGGACUCUGAGGGAACUGGCGGAUGAAGUUGACUAGCAGCUACCCAAUAUAUCUGAAAGGCCAUGGAAGUCUGGAGAAGUUCCUACUGACUGAAAAAGGUUUUCAAGAAGGGGAAAAAAGAAGAUCCAGGGAAUUACAGGUCGGUCAGUCUCACCUCUGUGCCUGGCAAGAUCAUAGAGCAGAUCCUCCUGAAGGCCCUACUAAGGCACAUAGAAAAUAAACAUGAAGUGAUGACUGGUAACCAACAUGGCUUCAUCAAGGGCAAGUCACGCCUGACAAAUUUGGUGACAAUUUAUGAUGGAGUUACAGCAUAAUUAGAUUAAGGAAGACCAACUGACAUCAUCUACCCGUACUUGUACAAAGCAUUAGAUACCGUCCUGCAUAACAUCGUGGUUGCCAAAUUGGAGAAAGAUGGAUCUGAUGGAUGGACCACUCGCUGGAUAAGGAAUUGGCUGGAUGGUCGCACUCAGAGAGUUGCAGUCAGUGGCUCAGUGUCCAAGUGGAGAUUGGUGACAAGCGGCGUUCCUCGGGGAUCGGUGUUGGAACCAGUGCUGUUUAAUGUCUUUGUAGGUGACAUGGACACUGGGAUCAAGUGCACCCUCAGCAUGUUUGCAGAUGACACCAAGCUGAGUGGUGCAGUUAACUCCCUAGAGGGAAGGGAUGCCAUCCCUUCAGGCUUGAGAGGUGGGCUCGUGCCAACCUCAUGAAGUUCAACAAAGCCAAGUGCAAGGCCCUGCAUCUGGGCUAGGGCAAUCCCAAGCAUAAAUACAAGUUUGGUGGGAAAUGGCUUGAGAACAGCAUUGAGGAGAGGAUUUGUGGAUGUCAGCUGGUGAAAGACUCAACAUGAUUUAGCAAUGAGCGCUUGCAGCCCAGAAGGCCAACCGUAUUUUGGGUUGCAUCAAGAGAAGCAUGACCAGCAGUCUGAGGGGGGUGAUUCUGCCCCUCUACACUGCCCUCCUGAGACUCCACCUUAACUACUGCAUCCAGUUCUGGGGUCCCCAACUCAAGAAGGAUAACGAGCUGAUUGGAGCAGGUCCAGAGGCAGAGGCAUUUCCCAUGAAAAUGAUGAGAAGGCUGGAGAACCUCCCUGACAGGGACAGUCUGAAACCUAUUUUCAAAUUCCUUUAUCAAAAGUGAAAGUACAGCUGCACGUUCUUUGCUGUUUAGCCAAUACAUAAAAAUGCAUACGAUUAUUUGCCAUCGCUUGAGUCGGCACUGCACAGAACCACCCUUCCCAUGACCUGGUUUCAGUCAACACAGCAUUAAUAGCACUCUGAUAGUUUGGCUGUUGCUGGGCAACAGGUGCAUGCCCAUCGCCACUCCUUAGGGAAGAGCCACCAUUAUUAUAGCACUGAGCAGAGGGCAGGCCAACUUGAUUGGUUGCCUAAUGUAAUUGGGGACAUCCUGUGGUACCUGAGAGUUGCACAAAUCAAAACCCAGUGUGAACAUGGCCAGGAGAGUGACACCCUGAAGCACCUUUGGAGACACCGGGUACUUAUGUGGAUGGUCGAGGUCUGCUUGUUUCCCUGGUGUGUUGUGCCAAGGCUUCCCUCCUAGAAGGAAGGUGCAGGUAAGAAGUGUUUGAGGGAAUCAGGUAGUCAGGAGUGUGAUUCUGUUCCCUACUGCUUGUUACUUUAAAAGAAUAAAUUGGACCAUCUAAUAUUCAUUUUAAAUCAGUAUUAGUAGGUUUAAUUUCAAGUUAGGUGUGGAAGGUUGUUUUUUUUUUUUUCUUUUUAUCUCAGGCAAACACAUUUUGUCUCAAAAGGCAAGAGUAAAAAAUGUCACAGUCAGCUAAAAUCACAGACAAUGAGAGAAAUAAUAGGCUGCUGACAGCAGGAGCUGAAGGCACAGGAAGAUGAGCAGACUCCUGAGAUGCAGAACUAAUCAGGUCGCUAUCUGCCUUGAAAGGGGAAGAUUAAGGAGGCUCAUGUUGUUAUGUUUAUUUUUUUUUUCCAGCAACUUUACUCCCAAGAAGCUUGCCUUUGACUCCCACUAGUCAUUCCUCUCAGAAUAGGGCAUUUAGCUUGUUUGGAAAAUGCCUUGCUAGUUAAGGAUGGUCAUAGUCCAUGUUUGGACAGAGAAGGUUGUGCAACUGUCCCUAUAUUGGUGACAUAGGAACCCAUGCCAAAGUGGCCAGCGCAAGUGAGGAUCCAGAGUCCCCUGGUUCCUGCUGUAAGCUUCUACAUGUGGGCAAAACGCUGAUUCAUGACAAAGUUGUGAGCACAAUGUUCUCAUCGUGAUCUCCUUGUCUCAUCUUCACUUUGCUCAUUGCUAGGGUGUCUACACUGGCAAAACUUGUACACGGAACUUAGGGAAUUGGGAGUCAUUUUGUUAAAUGUAUAGCAAAUGCUUUUCCAUUAUUGGAAAAUACAGGGACUUUGAGUGUGUAAUAACACAAGUACAACCAAGGACAGGUUAUAAAGAAGCUUCAUCAACUCCGAUCAAGUGAGAGCACAUUCAGAUGGCAUCUGCCCUCUGCUCCCUUGUCCUCUGCCCAGCAAUAACAGGGACCUAUAUUUUGUUUCAGAAAAAAGAGAGAGGUGAGGAAAUGCAACAUCCCAGCAUUAAGAAGGCCAGUUAUCAAUCCCCAGGAGGGGAGUACUCCUGAAGGGGCUUGCUAAGUGCCACAUCUGUGUGAAGCAGCAACCAUUGGCAGUGUGGGAGGUGGCUUGGUGGGGCCUGCAGGAGCUCCCAGGGUGGGAGCAGUCACAGGCUGCUGUCUUUUGGCUGGAAAGAAUUUAUUUAUAGUUAGUAUUUAGCUAUGAUAAGCUUCUCAGCCACACUUCUUAAAGCUUAAAUAUUAAUUUUACCACGUGGGAUAUUGAUACAUUAAAUUAUUAAGUAACAGAAUAAAUAGGACGGGAAAUUCAAACUGUUUUGCUAACAAUGAAGGCGCUGUCAUCUACCAGUUUGUUUAUUUUUUUUUCCACAGAUUUUUUUUCUGUUAACGUAUGGGCCUGAAUGUUCUUUUUCAAAGUGCUGAGAAGUCACCUGCAUAUUUUCACUGGUUUCUAGCAAGGCAUGUCAAUAAUCUACUUAAGGUAGCAGUGCCUUCCCAGCCUGCCUGAGACAGCAGUCUAGAACCUCCCAGCAGAUUCAGCUGUCGAAUGAGUUGUUUGUGAUGGGUGAUUAGGUGGUUCCUGGUAACUUCAUUUACCCUUGCUGACUUUUAAAACAUGCAAAUACUUUCUGAAAAUAUGCUUGCAUUUUAUAACCUAAUUCCUCUGAGGUUCCUUGUGAGGAACUUGCCAUUUUCACUUCUUCCUCAAUGCAGGAGCAGCAACUGUACUUUGUGGACCUAAGUAGUUGUGUAAAAGUGCUUGCUAAAAUUUAACUAGGCCUUGAAUUUGGAUUCUAUUUGCUACAAAACAUUACCCUUGGAAGAAGGAAAGAACAACAAAACUUUGCUCAGGCUUCAAAGUACACACUGCACAAGGUGCAUCUUUGUCAGCAAUGACAAAAUGCUCAUGUUCCUUAACAGAUAAAUGUUUGGGAGCCUUGUAGUGUGUGUACAAAGUGUUUUGUCUGUGCUUAUACAGAAUUAUUUUCUACGACUAUUUAUUUGUAUUUAUUUUUAUGCAUCAUAUUCGUAAUUUUUUUUUUCUUUUCAUUUCUUCAGGAGCUGAAUAGGAAGCCUGUGACAUUCCUUGCAGCAUGAGGCCUGACGGUCCUACUCAUGGGCUACAGGAAAGGAUUUGUAGUUCUAAUAACAGGAAAAAGGUGGAGAAAGAAGAUGGUUUGUGUUACAUUUUGUUUACAUCAGUUUCUCUACGUUAAAACAGAAGUCUGACUGAGAGUAUAAAGCAGCAGGUACUAAGCCAAAUGAUCUACAGUUGACAAUACCCAUGUUGAAAAUGGAUGAGGAGGAUAAUCAGAGGAGAGAUGAUGCUGAUGAGAUUUUACAAAAUAAGCUGAGAAAGGACUCCCUGAGAAACGCAUUAGGAGACAACACUGAAUGUGACUCUUUGUCUCAGCAGGGAACAAGGUUAAUAUCAGAUGAAGUUUUCAGGAACCUUGAGAAGAAAAGAAAAGAGAAUGGCACAAACAAAAGGGCAUGGUCAGGAUCACCAAACUUGGACACUGUUGAAGCAGAGGGACCUGAAAAUACUUCCAGAAAGAGAAAGCUGAUGUCUUCUGCCAAUGAGAAAGACAGUGACAGGAAGUUGCACAAAGUUCUAGCUGAAGAAGAAGGUAGCGUAGAAGCUGGAGUUGUAAAAAUUGAAGGAGUCACUGGCUGUCAUGAUGAUAAUGUAUAUAAUUCACAUUUCAUGUGCCCACAUUGUGAUUUCAAGUGUGCUAAUGGUGCCAUACUGAAAACUCACAAGGAAACUAAACAUUCUCGAGAGGAUUCAGCUGCUGUUCCUGAAAAGUUACCUUCUUCAGAAGAAAUCAGUGUUGACUGUGGAGUUGAAAACAUGGACAAAGAUCUUAAAGGCAAAACACAUGAUCAGUUUCUAUCAUCCUGCUCUGAUUUAGAAACGCAUAUACAAGAAAGCCACUCUCAACAAUCCAAAGAGCAAACAUGCCCUCAGUGUAGUUGCGCAACUAAAUGUAAUUCAACAUUACCUACACAUGCUAAGCAAGAUCAUGAGAAUUCCAAGGUAUUUUGUUGCGAUCUUUGUGGUUUUCAGAGUGCUGAGGAAAAUCUCCUAAAUUCUCAUUUCCUUGGCAAGACACACCUUCGACGCCAAAAUCUUGCUGCACGGGGAGGAUUUGUACAAAUACUGACCAAAAAAUCCUUUAAAAAACGGCAGUCUACUGUAACCAGAGAGAAGAAUGUGAGAGCAAGACCUGGAAGCAGUAAAUUAAAUGCAAGGACUGCUGAUGCAAAAGAAUUAAAUGUUUGCAGUGUGUUGGAAGACUCAAAUGUAAGCUUGUCUAAACAAAAUGAUGGCACUGAACUUCUUGGCGAAAUGAUAACAUCUACAAAUGUUCCUGCUGAAAAAACAGAUAGCAUGGAAGGAAAGCUGCUUUCUUCCAGUGUGGAAGGAGAUAAUGAAGGUCAUACUGGAAAACUAGAAAUACCUGGACCCUCAGAUUUCUUGCAGAAUUCAGAAUUCCCUCCAAUUACCAGAAGGCUAGUUAGCAGUUUAAAUGUGACAAAGAGAUCUGAUAGACUGGAACAUAAAAGAAAUAUUGUAUUGCUAAGGGCUCCUUUUGUAGGAAAUAGGUCUUUUAGAUUAAAAAGGCAAGUUAAAAGAAGGUACAAUUUGUUGGGUAAGAAAAACAAGUCUGAAACUAGAAGAGCAUACAUGAAACAUAUCUCCAGCACACAGCUUAAACCUAGUGAUUCAAGCCCUACAUCACAUACAGAACUAGAAACAAAUGAUAAGAGUCUUUGUAAUACUGCUUCAGAAAUUCAAGAUCUUACUCAAGUGAAGCCAAAUACUGUUUCUUCUAGCACUACAAAUACUAAAAAUUCUGAAGUUGAACUUAUUGCAAAUCCUAGUGUUCAUCACACUUGCAUUGACUGUGGUCAUGUCUUUCAGAACAAAGAAAGUUUAAAAAUUCAUGUUGUAAAUUUUCAUACAAAAAGUAUUCAGUUUCAUUGUCAGACAUGUAGUUAUUCCUGUGGAGUCAAGGAAGACUUGCAGCAACACUGUCAGAAUACUAAACACCAGAUGGGAAGUUGUAGCUUUAAUUGUCGACUUUGUUCAUUUACCAGCUUGAAUGUGAUAAACUUUCAGAGCCAUAUGAGUGAAGUGCAUAAUAUGUCCCAUAGUUGUCCAACUUGUGUUCUUUUUUUUCAAACACAAGAAGAGCUGAUAAAUCAUCAAAAAGAUGAGAAACAUGAUAGUUCAUUACUUCAGCAAGCUACUCCAUUGAGUAACACUGGUCUGACCUUGCAAAUGGUAAGUUCUGCUGACUCAGUAUCAAGCAGUAGCCAAAAACUUGCAAAGGAAAUUAAAGUAUCAAUGAAAACAAAACCUCCAGACUCUUCCAUUGUAAAUCAUAAAAAUGAACUAAAACAUUCUGUUCUGAGUAAAACCCAGUUUCACUGUAAAAAGUGUUUUUAUAAGACAAGAUCUUCCACAGUUCUUACAAGGCACAUAAAACUCCGACAUGCACAGGAGUAUCACUUUCUCUGCAAAGCAUGUAAUCUUUACUCACUGAGUAAGGAAGGAAUGGAGAAGCAUAUCAAAAGAAGCAAGCACCUUGAAAAUGCUAGGAAAAAUAAUAUUGGACUGCGUUUUGAGGAAUGCAUUGAAAAGGUUUGCGUUGGGGUUGGUGGUAUUAAAACAGUGAUGGAUCCUUCUAUUUCUGGGAAUGAGAAUACAGAGUUUGAUAAAGAAAUUGUACAUGUUCCAUCCUCUACUGUAGAAAACAUAUUGAGAAAUAAGGAAUUUGUUCCAGUUGAUCAAAGAAUUGGUGAAAAUGAAUUGGUUUUAGCUAAUGUACCAAAAAGAGGGAGACCCAAAGGCACUAUUUCUAGAACGUGUACCCAUUGUGGUCUUUUGGCCUCCAGUGUUACAAAUUUGACUGUUCAUAUCAGGCGAAAGCACAGCCAUCAGUACAGCUAUUUGUGUAAGGUUUGCAAUUACUACACUGUAACCAAAGGAGAUAUGGAACGUCAUUGUGCAACCAAAAAACAUAAAAGUCGUGUGGAAAUAGAAGGACAUGGAAAACAGAACUCAGAGAUCAUUGUUAGCCCUGAAGGAGGAAAUUUUGAAUCUACAAGCAAGAAGGUUAACAGUCCCAUGCCUGCAUUGUGUGAACAUGUUGAGGACAGUAGCCAGACUUUAGAUUUGGGAAAUUCUAUCGUAGAUCAGCAAGAAAUUGAGCAAGGAAACGCCGAGGUGAAUGUUGAAAAUGCUAGUAGGUUGCCAGAUUUGGGGCAUGCUAGGAAUUCGUUAAAUAUAAAGCACACAUUUCUUGAAUCAGCAACGGAUACCCAGGAUGGUGACCCCUGCUUCCAGAGAAGAAUGGUGGGUGCAAAUGACAACAAGUGCAUACACUGUGACUUCACUGCUCAUUCUUCCUCUUCAUUAGAGUUGCAUGUAAAACGAAAGCAUACAAAACAAUUUGAAUACUACUGCAUGGCCUGUGACUACUAUGCUGUAACUCGCAGAGAGAUGAUUAGGCAUGCGGCAACAGAGAAACAUAAAAUUAGAAGAGAAUCUCAUGUUUGUUUGUCUGUGGAGGAAGAAAACACAGCACAUAUUGCUAAAGAAGGCUCAGCUCUGUCCCAAGAGGAGCACCAUCAAAGUGCAGGAGAACUGAAAACUGUUUUAAGUGAAAUGAAAUGUGCCAGUGAUGCAGCAGAAAGUGAUCAUACGUGUAAAAGCUUAACAGAGUGUAUUGCCUUAGAUGAAAAUGCAUUUCCAGAAAUGCCUAAAGAAGGCAGUUCCCAAAAUACAGUGGAAAGCGUAGUUGAAGAGGAAACUAAAAAUGGAGGAGAAAAUAUUUUAUGCGAAGGAUUCCAGGGAGCUCCUCAGAAAGAUAAUGCUGGUAAGCCUGAUGAAGAGAUACCAAUUAAAGAGGCAGGUACUUAUGAAUUGCAGACAAGUGGACGUGGUCAGGAGCUGCUUAACUCAGGGGAUUGUCCAGCAGAAAAUGAAAAUAGAUCAGGUGGCACAAACUUGAAGUCAGGAAAAGGCAAGGAAAACUUGGAAGCAAAUAGAGAAAAACCUGAAGCGGACGGUAGAAACACAAACAUUAUUGAAGAAAUAUCACUGAAAGAAAAUAACCCACUUAUGCUAAGUCUUCCAGAAACAAAAAGUGCAGCAUGGCAAUCAAAUUUUGCUGGGAACAUUGGAGAGAUGGUGCAAAAUAUGCAUAGUUUAGAGGGUGACAGAAGUUUCAAAAAGAAUCCUACUGGGGAGGAGGAAGAAGCCCUUAUGGAAGCACAACAUGAAGCAGAAGUAACUAUAAAUAACAGUAUUUGGGAGGCAGAUGGCUCAACAGCUGAGGGCAUGCAAGAAAGUAGUAAUGAGGCUUUAGGAACAGUCACUAGUACUGAUGAUAAACGAAAGGCAAUGCAAAAUUUUGGCAAGUUUGAUUCUUCUAUAGUAAGAUUAAAAAGCAAUCAAGAUGGGGAGCCCAUUGACCAUUCAGGUGAAGGACAGGUGCCAGGUGGAGUGAGAACUGGUGAGUUUGCAGUGAAAGCAGAUGCUUCACCAAGUAGUGGGAAAAAGAAGAAGUCAGAAGGCGUUUCCCUUGGGGAACUGACACGUAUUCGCUGCGAUGACUGUGGCUUUCUAGCAGAUGGUUUGAGCGGACUAAAUGUUCACAUAGCCAUGAAACAUCCUUCAAAAGAAAAACAUUUUCAUUGUUUACUCUGUGGAAAGUCAUUUUACACAGAGAGCAACCUUCAUCAGCACUUGGCCAGUGCUGGGCACAUGCGCAAUGAGCAGGCAAGUGUGGAGGAGCUGCCUGAAGGAGGUGCAACCUUCAAAUGUGUGAAGUGCACGGAGCCCUUUGAUUCAGAGCAGAACUUGUUUCUCCAUAUCAAAGAGCAGCAUGAAGAACUUCUGCGGGAAGUGAAUAAGUACAUUGUGGAGGACACUGAACAGAUAAACAGAGAGAGGGAAGAGAACCAAGGCAACGUCUGCAAGUACUGUGGGAAGAUGUGUAGAAGUAGCAAUUCCAUGGCCUUCCUAGCUCACAUUCGUACCCAUACAGGAUCAAAGCCAUUCAAGUGCAAGAUAUGCCACUUUGCAACAGCUCAGCUCGGAGAUGCCAGAAACCAUGUCAAGAGGCACCUUGGGAUGAGGGAAUACAAGUGUCAUGUCUGUGGGGUAGCUUUUGUGAUGAAGAAGCAUUUGAAUACUCAUUUACUGGGCAAGCAUGGAGUUGGCACACCCAAAGAAAGGAAAUUCACGUGUCACCUGUGUGACAGAAGCUUCACGGAGAAGUGGGCGCUGAACAACCACAUGAAGCUGCACACCGGGGAGAAGCCAUUUAAGUGCACCUGGCCCACCUGCCACUACUCCUUCCUCACGGCUUCGGCGAUGAAGGACCACAUUAGGACUCACACAGGCGAGAAGUCAUUCCUCUGUGACCUUUGUGGCUUUGCCGGCGGGACGCGUCAUGCCCUCACCAAGCAUCGGAGGCAACACACAGGAGAGAAACCAUUCAAAUGUGAUGAGUGCAACUUUGCUUCUACAACACAAUCACAUCUGACACGACAUAAGCGUGUCCAUACUGGAGAAAAGCCUUACAGAUGUCCCUGGUGUGACUACAGAUCUAACUGUGCUGAAAACAUCCGUAAGCACAUUUUGCAUACAGGAAAGCAUGAGGGAGUGAAAAUGUAUAACUGUCCUAAAUGUGACUAUGGAACCAAUAUCCCCGUAGAGUUCCGUAACCACUUGAAAGAACUGCACCCAGACAUUGAAAAUCCUGAUCUGGCGUACCUACAUGCUGGCAUUGUAUCCAAGUCUUAUGAAUGCCGACUGAAGGGGCAAGGAGCAACCUUUGUGGAAACUGCCAGUCCUUUUACUGCAGCAGCACUGGGAGAGGUUUCUCCAGUUAAAGAGAAGGUCUUUCGAGGCAGCAGGAGACAGCAACCAUCGCCUGAACAAGUUCAGCAAGUUAUUAUUAUUCAAGGAUACGAUGGUGAUUUUGCGUUUGAUGUCUCUGCAGAAGAAACAGCAGCGGCGACCCUUCAGACUCUGGCAAUGGCUGGUCAGAUGGCCAGGGUAGUCCACAUUACAGAAGAUGGGCAGGUCAUAGCUACAGAUCAGAACAGCUCAGAUGUGAGUGGUAUGGUUCCAGGCCAGAUACUUACUGAGCAGCUGGCCGAUGGUGCAACACAGGUGGUAGUGGUUGAAGGCUCAGUAACAGGAACUGAUAUGGAGGAGGCCGUUCCUAUAGAUGCAGUUCCUGACUCCAGUGGUGCUGUACUGCAACAGAUAAUGCAACAGGAAGUUUUGGAGUCUUCUGAAGCUACAGUACAUCCUCCAGACUCCUCUUCAGCAUUAGAUGCCUUGCUUUGUGCUGUAACAGAGCUGGGUGAAGUGGAAAACAAAUCUGGACUCCCUGACAGAAGCAGGUCUGGUCACAAAGAUUUCUUGCAAAUGCCAAACCCAGAGGUGCCCAGUGUUCCCAGUGAUGCGGGGAGACAAGAAAUACAAAUGUUCCAUGAAGUUCAAGAGACUCAGGAAGAUACCAAACCUAUGGAAGUAGUGACGCAGGUCAUGCACCCAUCGGCUAUAAUUGCAUCUCAGGAGAGAGCUCAGGCUGCCUUCAAGAAAAUGGUCCAAGGAGUAUUACAUUUUGCUGUAUGUGAUACAGCUGCAGCCGAUCAGCUGAUAAAAGAAGGUGUCACUCAGGUCAUUGUAAAUGAGGAGGGAACUGUGCAUAUGGUAGCUGGAGAAGGCUCUCAGAUAAUUAUGCAGGAAGCUGGUAGCCAUGCACUCAGCGUCCAAAGCGAACACAUGGAUUUAGUUGAUUCAGAUGGGGAGAUAUCGCAGAUUAUUGUGACGGAAGAAAUAGCUCAAGCCAUGGUUCAAGGUUCUGAUGGCAACUUCUCAGAAGGUGCGACCCACUACAUUGUCACAGAAUUGCAACCAGACGUGCAGAGUGAGCCCGGUGUGUACUCGCACGCUGUGAUAGAGACGGCCGGGUCUCAGGAGAUUUUACAGGCUGGUACCGCCGUGAAACCUGAAUCCCCUGAUAGAGCAGGAGAACAGUUAACAAGCAUGGUCAUUUAUACAGAGGGUGGCUCACGAGUCAUUGAGGGCCAGAGAGAUGAUAACGAAGUACAAGAAGCAUGAAGAGCUUUAUCUCCUGGGCUUGAUGCAGAACAAAGCUGGAAACAACCAGAUCCUGGAACUUCUUCUGUAAAACCUUCUGCACGCGGUAUCUUCCUAGGCAGGUAACAAAUAUGCACCCUGUGGGAGGUGAAGGUCAGCGACUAGGAAGAGUUCAAUGAAAAGUAUAGUCUUGUCACAGUAGCUCUGAGAAUUAUGAUACGGGAUUAUUUUAAAGCGAACGUAUUAGUACACAGAAGAGGAUAGAAAUGCACCCCCGCCCCUCACAACUAGGGAUUGUUCUGUUCACUGCUUUGGUUUGUUUUUCAGAUGGUUUUUUUUUUAUCUCAGGGUAAGUCCCUGCCUUCUGUCUUUUUUGCCUAACAUAAUUGUAGGAGUAAAAUAUUUUCACACGUGUGUACAUUUUAUAAAGGUAAAUAAGCAAAAAAUACCAAAAAGUGCAUCAUUACAACAACAUUACAAGGGGAUCAAGUAAGCUUACAUACUGAAAUUGGUGCCCUUCUUCAUUUCGGAGAGCAGGUGACAUUCUCUUUCUAGAAUCCUACUUUCAAAUAUCCCUGGUGAAAAGGAUGUCAUCAAAAUAAGUAUUUUCUGCAUCUAGAAUGAAAUUGUUAAUAGUAGCUUACUGAUUCCUGGUAUCACAUAGAACUUUUCCUAAGAGUUCAAAAUACAAUGUUUCAGAAAAUUGUAGAUUAUACACAUUCAGAAAACAAGCAUUUGAUGCCUCUAUCUUCCACUUAAAUUUAGCUGUGAGUCCUACAUAGAAAAUGUGCAGUUUUUGAAAAAAUAUUCUCACUGUCAAUGUUUUGCUGCUCUUAUAAAUUGUGCUUCAUAUAAAUACCAUUUCACAGUUCAUUUUGUGAGCUACUUUUGAAACGUUCUGGGGGUUUUUAAAGGAAAUUCUGACAUUGACAUUAACAAGUAGGAAAAAAAAAAAAGGUGACCUUGUAUUUCUUGCAUAGUCUGGAAUGUCAAUUAUUCUGUGGUGGAUAUACUGCAAUUGUUCAAUGCAAGUUCAUGUUGAGAAGAUUUGUUUCAUGAUACAACUGAUUUUGUUUCUUUAAAAAAAAAAAACUAACAAAAUUGUAAAAUAUAAACUGGCAAGUUUUUUGCUUUUGCUUUGUUUUGUUUUUGCUUUUGUUUUGUUUUGUUAUUUUGUCUUUCAAAUAAAAUGUUAGCAUUCAAAUAGA